UGGUUCAACCGAAGUCAGAAAGCCGACGGAAACCUACAGCCUCCGGUAGAUUGUAAAGUAGCUUAGUGAAGUGACAGCCGGCUGGACAGCUCGUAUGCCAGUUAUGAAGCAUUUUUAUUUAUUUAAUUUAUAAGGCAGCCGCAUUUUUACCAUAUUUUAUCUCUUAGAAGCUAAUGUUUUUAGCCUAGCAGCUAACGCUGGACGAAGAGGAAGCUGAGAUGGAAGACUGCAAUGGAGAGGACCCUGUGGAAACACCUGAGCUACCUCUGGAGAUCAUAGUUUACAUUCUGAGUUUCCUUCACCCGUCAGACAGGAAGGAGGCCUCUCUGGUUUGUCGAAGCUGGUACAAUGCCAGCCAGGACCACAGCUUCCAGAAGAACAUCACCUUCUGCUUUCCGGCCUCAGCCUCGUCUCUUGAGCUGGUCAGAGGUCUGGGCAGAAAGUCACGGUGCAGUCUGAUCAUCAGCCAGCUGGAUGGACACAGUAUGUCCAGAUCUCUACUACUGGAGGUGGGUUUGUGUUUGGGCUCAAAGCUGGAGAGCUUGGCUCUGCCGGGUAGCAGCAUAACAGAAGCCUCUCUGCUCGCCCUCCUGCCUCGCCUCACCUCACUCCGCAGGCUGGACCUCAGAGGUCUGGACAGCCUCUUCAUGUCUGGGGCCUUCCUCUCGCGGGAGGAGCACAGACAGCAGGUCAGUGCAGCUCUGUCUGGUCUGGAGGAGCUGGACUUGUCAGACCUGCGCUACCUCUCAGAUCUCACCUUUAACCGUCUCACCGGCUGCACUCCUCACCUUCGACGCCUCUCACUGGCUGGCUGCCAUAUUGCCUUUGAGUUCGACCCGUAUCGAGGCUGUCCGGUGGGAGCCGUUGAGGACUCGUCAGCACUGCUGUCACUGAGGAACCUGCGGAGGUUGUUGAUGGAGCAGAAAUCCACCAUCAAAGCUCUGGACCUCAGCAGGACCUCCAUCACCCCUGAAUCCCUGCGAACUAUUGCACAGGUUCAGGGUUUAGUCUUGGAGGAACUGUGUCUGCACGGCUGUAAGGAGCUGACUGACUACUCUAUGGAGGUUCUGGUGAAGCACCAGCCGAACCUGCAGAGACUUGACAUCAGCGCCUGCAAAGAGCUGACAAACAGGUCUGUAGAAGCCAUUGCAGCAGCCCUGAAGUCACUGAUACAUCUGUCCUUAUCCCACGACUGGAGGAUCACUGAAAAAGGCCUCGCUGACCUCCUGUCCGUGUCGACUCUGAGGAGUCUGGAUCUGUCAGAGUGUCUGAAUGUCAGUGGCACAGAGAUCGUAAGAGGCCUGUCAGGAUCUAAGGCUGCCCGACCACAGCUGGAGACACUCAGCCUCAAAAGCUGCACCUACAUCAGGGAUUUUGCAGUUUUCUCUCUCACCCAGCUUCUUGGGGAUUCUCUCCGUGAGUUGGACUUGACGUCCUGCGUGAACGUCACCGACCUGUCGGUGCGUGCCAUAGCAACAUACCUGCAGAGGCUGAUGAUUCUGAGGCUCAGUUGUUGUAAAGAAGUGACAGACUGGGGUUUACUGGGGAUGGAGGAAACGGCCAAAAAUGAGCAGGACCAUGAGACGGGAGAUGAGCCCAGGUUCACCAGGACCUUUGGAAACAUGGGCUUCUUCAAGCCUCCUCGUUUGCUCUUCUUGGAGAGACCCAAGCUGGUGACCAAUAACGACCUGGAGCAGUUCAAGCAGCACGCUGGAUCUUCACUGUUAGCGCUUAGCAGGCUGCAGGAGCUUGACCUUUCUGCGUGUCCCAAACUCACCGACAGCAGCAUCACACAGGUGGUACGUUACCCAGACCUCCAGCGUCUGUCUCUCUCCAUGCUGACAGAGAUCUCUGACGCCAGUUUAGUGUCCGUCGCCUGGCACUGCCGCAGCCUCACCAGCCUCUCGCUCAGUCACUGCCCUGGUAUCAGUGACUCUGGGGUGGCACUGGCUGCACCGUACCUCUGCCGACUGCAGCACCUCUACCUGUCCUGCUGCUAUAACAUCACUGACAAGUCUUUGUUCGUUCUGAUGCAGCACUGUAAGCGUCUGCGAACUCUCGACAUCUCAGGGUGCAAAAACCUCUCGAUGACGACAGUGGACCUCCUUCAGUCACAGCUGCCCUUCUUGGAAAACGUCCACUACAGAUUUAUCAGCGGGGCUGAUCCAACCCUCGCUCUCUGACUGACAGCAUGAAUGUCCUCAAAAGACUUCUCAGAAACAAACCUGCCGACCAAAGCCUGCUCUGGGAUUUGACUACUUGCACAUUUCAGUUUUAUUUUAAAUAGAUUUUGUGGCUUUUUAUGCCUUUAUUUUAGAGAGAGAAGAGUAGAAAGAGACACCAUUUGGAGGAGGGAGUGGUGGACAUAAAGGAAAGGUGCCGUAGGUUGGAGCUGAACCUGAGCCGGACUACAUGGGGCGGGCAACAUUGCCGCUCAGCUUUCUCUUGCACAUUUCAGUGAUCUUGAAAUCUGAAAUUAAAAGAAAAUGGUAAGUUGAGAGUCGCUGCUUUAGUAAAAUUUGUCACAAAUGUCUUGUGAGUGAUUUUGAAAAGUCAGACAACACUGUACACACUCACUCUAUUUAAAGAUAGUUAACACCAAGAUCAAAGACUUUGGAUUUAGUGUUUUUUGUUGACUUUAUGUGGUGCAUCAUCACUGAGGGAACAGCUUUCAUCUGCUAAGAGUAAGGCUCUUCAAAGUGUCGCUCUGUUCAGCGUCGAGACAAAUCCUUAAAACUUGAACGUACAGCUGCCACAAAAAGAAGAAGCUUGUACAUUUAUGGCUCUUGGAGGUAAAAGUCUUUGAAAAAACAUUAACACUUUACAAUAUGCUCCACUCUUCAAUAGGUGACAACGAUUGAGCAGCUAAAUGAUAGGCGACCACUAAGUACUGAUUCAUUGUUGAGUAACUACCUAGAAUGAUGAUUCACUGAAAUGAUGAGUUACAGAGUUUACUAUCUACCUGUUAACUUCUGGUUAUAUAGCAGUUAAAGCACAGCAUGUAAAUCAUGUUGCCAGGAGGCUCUUAAUCAAAAGAAUAACAAAAGAUGGUGAGUAGAGACCAGCUUGGCUUUGUUGGUUCUGCUCUGCUGUUUACUUCUUGUUUUGAAUUGAAAACCCAGUUCAACAAAUCUGCACUCCACAAGGUGUUUUUACUAAACAGUAAAGCACCGUUUCCAUUUCAUGGAUGAAUUUCACAUAAUAAAGGAGAAAAGCUGUUAAAAGUGGCCUCACAUACAAUAGAAAAUAAUCAUGGUCCAUCGCAAGUAAGCAGCACAAAACAUGAAUGACAAACAGCAGCUUCCAGCAGCAGUUCCCACAUCCUUACAGUGCUGCGAUAAAGUUUUUGCCUCAUACUGAUUUUUUAUUAUUUUGAGUAUUUGUCGGACUUAAAUGUUUCAGAUCAUCAAAUUUAAAAUUAGACUGAGAUAACCUGAGUCAAUACAAAAAGGCAGUUUUUAAACGAUGAUAUCAUUUAUUAAGGGAAAAAGCCAUUCAAACCUCCCUGACCCUGUGUGAAAAAGUAAUUGCCCCAUAACCCUAAUAGCUGGCAAUGGAUCCUUCACAUCACCGUGGAGGAAUUUUGACCCACUUAUCUUUGCAGAAUUGUUUUAAAUUAACCACACUGGAGGGUUUUCAUUCAUGUCAGCAAUCAGAUUUAAGUCCAGACUUUGACAAGGCCACUCCAAAACCUUUUGUUCUUUUUUUUUUUAAUCCAUUCUGAGCUGGACUUGCUGGUGUGUUUUAGAUCAUUGUCCUGCUGUUUAGCCCAAGUAUGCUUAAGCUCAAUAGCUGGACAUUCUCCUUUAGCAUUUCCUGGUAGAGACCAGGAUUCAUGGUUCCCUCAGUUAUGGCAAGUGGUCCAGGUCCUGAAGCUGCAAAGCAGUCCCAGACAUCACACUGCCACCACCAUGUUUGACUGUUGGUCUGAAGUUAUUUUG